AUUAAAACAUAGCAGUAAACGAUUGUUGAACAUCGAAACGCACCGGAGCUUUGAUGGUUUAAGAUUCAUUUAUUCAAGUCUUUACUGGGGAUUUACUGAGGGUCAGCUUUCGACAUGCCGUAUGCGAACCAGCCGACGGUGAAGAUCACGGAGUUGACGGACGAAAAUGUGAAAUUUGUAAUCGAGAACACCGAUUUAGCGGUUGCAAACUCUAUCCGACGUGUGUUCAUGUCAGAGGUUCCCACUAUAGCGAUCGAUUGGGUUCAGAUUGAUGCCAACUCUUCUGUCCUCCACGACGAGUUCAUCGCGCACAGAGUGGGCCUCAUACCCCUCACCAGUGAUGACAUAGUGGACAAGAUGCAGUACUCAAGAGACUGCACAUGUGAUGAUUUCUGCCCAGAAUGCUCUGUUGAGCUGACACUGGAUGUGAGAUGCACAGAGGACCAGACGCGUCAUGUGACUUCGAGGGACCUCUUGUCUAACAACCCUCGGGUCAUCCCCGUGACCUCCAGAAGUCGAGAUAACGACCCCAACGACUAUGUGGAACAGGAUGACAUCCUGCUGGUCAAGCUUCGAAAGGGCCAGGAGCUGCGUCUCCGAGCGUAUGCCAAAAAGGGCUUCGGCAAGGAACACGCCAAGUGGAAUCCUACAGCAGGGGUGGCCUUCGAGUAUGACCCAGAUAACGCGCUGAGACAUACCGUGUACCCCCGUCCUGAAGAAUGGCCUAAAAGCGAGUACUCAGAGAUCGAGGAAGAUGAGGUGCAAGCUCCAUACGACCCCAACGGCAAACCAGAACGGUUCUACUAUAACGUGGAGUCGUGUGGUUCGCUGCGGCCGGAGACGAUCGUGAUGUCGGCGCUCGCUGUGUUGAAGAAGAAGCUCAGCGACCUGCAGACGCAGCUGAGUCACGAGAUCCAGAGCGACGUCCUCACCAUCAACUGAACGCUGAACGCCGGGACAGAAGCUGCUCCGCGGACA